CCAGUCUCAUCUCUCAUCAAUCUCAGAAAUGGCUUUCCUGUGGUUGGUGUCUUGCUUUGCUUUCAUCAGUGCAGCCUAUGGCUGUGGCGCCCCUGCCAUCCCUCCCGUUGUGACUGGCUUUGCCCGCAUCGUCAACGGUGAGGAGGCUGUGCCCCACUCCUGGCCCUGGCAGGUGUCUCUGCAGCAACCCUCUGGCUUCCACUUCUGUGGUGCCUCUCUGGUCAAUGAGAACUGGGUUGUGACUGCUGCCCACUGCAAUGUGAGGACCAGCCACAAAGUGGUUCUUGGAGAACACGACAGAGGAAGCUCAGGAGAGGCCACCCAGACCAUGAAAGUGCAGAAGGUCUUCACCCACCCCGAGUGGAACCCCCGCACCAUCAACAACGACAUUGCUCUCAUCAAGCUGGCCUCCCCUGUGAGCAUGAGCUCCCAUGUUGGCCCCGUGUGCCUGGCUGAGACCGCCGACGCCUUUACCCCUGGAACGACCUGCGUGACCUCCGGCUGGGGUCUGACCCGCCACAAUGCUAUGUUCACCCCAAACCAGCUGCAGCAGGCUGCCCUUCCCCUGCUGUCCAGCGAGCAGUGCAAGACGCACUGGGGAAGCCAGAUCUCCGAUGUCAUGAUCUGCGCUGGUGCCGACGGCGCCUCCUCCUGCAUGGGUGACUCUGGUGGCCCCCUGGUGUGCCAGAAGGACAAUGCCUGGACCCUGGUGGGUAUCGUGUCCUGGGGCAGCAGCAGAUGCUCCACCACCACCCCUGCUGUGUACGCCCGCGUCACCGAGCUUCGCGCCUGGGUGGACCAGAUCCUGGCUGCCAACUAAAUGGACAUUACCUCCAUAACAGGACAAUGUCACCUCUUUGUAUGUCACUCUAACUUGUCACAAUAAAGGCAGUAAAACUCAA